GUUCUAUGGACGUUCUCUAAUUGCAACUUUCCGAGAGUUUCAAUGCUUGCAGCUAAAAAUAGGAAUACACUGUUUUAUUUUGUUUUGAUGAAAUGUUUGAUGAUUGGCAGCACCUGUAGUAUCUCUGCGACUAUUGCUAUUGGUUUUUUUUUUAUAAAUGUUUUGUUUUUGUAUUCAAAAUUUAAACGUAAUGAAUUUAAUAAGUAUCUUAUCAUUACAUGAGGGUCAGAUGACUUGAACUUGUGUGAGUUUUUUUUUUUAAUGAUUAUGGUAAGCGGAUUGAAUUGAUCACAUUCAUUAUAGGUUAACAUGACAUGUUUUCCAAUCAUUUAAACAAGACUUUGCGUGAUUUGGAAAGAGAAAUCAACACCAAAGAGAACGCGCUGUCCCAGCUAUCAGAUGGCAGUGGGAAACAUGUUAUCGUGUCGAGACCAGCUAAUAAGCCGCUGUCAAAGAAACCGUCGAGGUACAAUGCGAAAGAAGGUAAAACCAGUAUUAGUGAGACAAAUACGAAAAGAAAUAUUGUAGGCAAACCACACAGCUCUGGUUAUACCAGGAGAAGUGUACUGACUCCAGUACAAAAUCAGGAUGUUGAAGAAAAAGUUAUUCAUAAAGAAAUUAUUGAGAACUCGGGUGCCACUGUGGAGAUAACGGUCAGAACGAAGCCAAUCGAUCGUACACGCGCACGCUCGCGAUCUCGUUCACGCGUCAGGAAAGGUGCCCAGCCCGGUGAAGACUUAUCGUCUAAAAUGCGUGGGGAUGAUGGUGGUGAACGUUUUCAUCUCCCUCUUGAAAAUAAGUGCACGACAUAUCACAAGAGAAGCGAAAGAAACCAUCGUCCGUGGUGUGAACUGUUGAAAUCGAGAGACACCGCGUUUACUAAUCCAUCAGUAACUGCAGUAGAAGUAAAUCACAAUCACUUGAUGCAGUGUGCUGGCAUUCCUAAAUCUGCUGAUGUGAAUGAGCGUGGUGAAUCUAGUACAAACGUCAAUGAAGCACAUGCUCCCAGUCACACACAGCUCAGCAGUAAAUCAACAGUGGACAAUUCAACCAGCAGAAUUAAAAGCUGUAAAAAUGUUGGUGCGUCCAGUUCUGUAACUUCUGGUCAGCGGCCAAUGAUUGAACGGGACCUUCUCCGAGAUAGUGCUGACAAUUGUGGUAGUACUUGUGACAGUGACCAAUAUCGCAAGGAUAUUAAAAUAGCCUUGGCAAAUGUUGAUCCAAUCAGAGUGUUGAACUUUUUAGUAACAGAGCUGCAAGGAAUUUUAAGCAACAGCUCGUUGGCCAGUGGGAGAGUUAUGAGGAUAUUUGGCGAAAUGGAGGACACCUUGAAGAGGCUCCACGUCAAGAACAAGUGCGUCAAGUGCCAGCAGCCGGCGACCUCGCUCUCUUGCCCCUCCAAGUCGCGCGAGCCGGCCCAGUCCACACCCGGGCGGGAGGCUGUGGAGGUGGUUGCCCUCCGGGAAACUGUGCGGCAGUCGGAGGCGCGGUGCGGCCAGCUGGCGACGAACAAGGAGCAGCUGGAAGCAGAGGUGACUGAUAAAAGGAAAAGAAUUGAAAUUUUAGAAAUCAAAGAAAGGGAAUACCAACAGAAGAUCUAUGAACUAACUGAAGAGAUGAAAAAAUUGAAGGUAAAAAAUGAUGACCAACUGAAAAUGCUUACCAACUUUUCAAACUUGUCAGUCCAGCUCACAAAUGAGAACAAGAUGGUCAACUCCUUUCAGGAGGCACAGUCGAAGAUGGCGUCGCGCCUCCGCGAGGCGAAUCAGUGUGUGGCGAGGCUGGAAAUGGAGCUGCAAGUCGCGAGGCUGGACAGCGAGAAGUACCGUCUCAUGCUUGAGGACAGGAGCAGGGACGUGGAGGGUUUGAAGCAGCUCGUCAAAAACAUCCAGCUCAUAGUCUCGGAACAGCUAACCAAUUUGAAACAUGUGGUACCGCACAAGGUAGCCAAGGAUCAGCUGGACAGCCUCAUUCGUGCCGUGAGCGAAUGCUCCGUGAAAAUGGGCGAAGGAGACGGAGACGUGGCGAUGGAACUUCCCGAGGGCACUCAGGUCACGAGGAGGAACGCAAGCCGCCCGCACUGCUCGUCUCCGUCCUCCAGCGUGGUGAGUUCCAGACCGGCCAUCUCCCCGACGUGGCAGAUGAUCAGCGACAUUGCCAGCAACAACGACGAGGAAGACGAUAGAGUGCAUCCCUCGGUCGUGUUGGCCCACGGAGUGGACAGCGACGCGGAGAGCUGCCACCUUGACGAAACUGUGCGGUUCGACGACAGUGAGGGAAUAGAGGCCGGGGACCACCGGCGGUUCCGCAGCCUGCCGAGCGUCGACGAUUCGACGACGCCGGAACGGCGCGAGUCGCGAAGCGUCUCGAACGCCAGCUCGGCCUCCGGGCUGUCAAGGAACGACUUUGUCCAGGUCUGCGCGCCGGGAAGUCGCGGAGUAGACCCUGAGCCGGUCGAAGAGAAUUCAGGGUAUCUCAAACUGUGCAAAGUGUUCCAGGAAAUCAGCCAGAAAAUUGUAUUUCGUUCUGACCCUAUGCAGCUGUUUCAGGAACAUGGUGCAAGUGCUGACAAUUCUUCCAAACAAAAUUGAUUGUUUGGAAAAUGCUUGACUUUCAUCUGUUCAUUGCAGAGAUAAUAAAUACUUAAAUUUGUUUUUAAGUUUAAUGCCUACAAGAAUACUACAAUGUAAAUACGUACUGUUUUUUGAUUCAGGUAUCACAAACAUGUCAAAUGAGUUUUAAUGAAGUUUUACAAAGGUAAUGAGUACUUGGUGUCUAAAUUAAUGGCCAUGCUAAUUGUAAACAUUGAUAAGCGUAUAACCUGUUAUUUCAUCUCGGCUCUUCCAUUUGUAAUUUUUAUUUUAUUUUGCAGUUGAAUAUGAAGAAGGAAAGAAUAGUUAGUGUAAAAGAAAACAUGUGCAUUAUCCCUAGUAGUGAUUACAAACCUCUGUGCAUACUUUUAGUUUUUAAUUUGAAAGUUUGACAGUUAAUUCAAAGAAAUUACUUUCUGAGAAUAUAUGAGUUCCUUUAUAUGUUUUAUAUAUAUUUAUUUCUGUUUCUCAUAAAAUAUUUAAUUGGAAAUUUGUAUACAAUCACUUAUUCAGUAUUUAUAAGAUGGUGAUUUUUUAAUGCAUGUAGAUACCUUUGACAGAUUAAAUAUAUUUUUAAAUUAAA